AUGGGAAAAGAGAUGUCGAGCGGCUUGUCGGGAAUCGAGCUCAACAGAGCAACGACCACCAGCACCGCUCCGGCACUGAAGAAACCGAUAAAGUCGAAGAUGACAGCAACAACAACAGCUGGCGGUGGAGGAGACAAUCAGGAUCUCGACUUUUUACUCGGUAUCACCAACACGCCGAGGAUUUGUCGACGAAAACCGCAGGAAAGAAAGCGACAACCAGCAAUACUGCUGCUACUUCUGCCGGUGGUAGCUGGGAAAUCGACGACGAUCCGAUCGGGAACAACGAUUUUGAUGAGUGGGGGAAGCACUACGGUGAUGACAAAGGCUCCUCCCAAACUCGCGCCACCGCCAGCCGUUUCUUCGUCAGCUUCUUUGCAAGCAAAUCGCGAGGCUCGACGCGCCGAGAUUGCCGCAAAAAAUGAGGCAAAGCGGAGGGAAAUUGCCGAGAAAGAGCACAACAACAAAAGGGAAUUGGAGGAGGGAAAGGUUCCAACGAAAACACCGCCAGCCGCUAACAAUGCUGCCACUGAUGGCUGGGAGGAUUUC